AUGGAUAUUAUUGGUAUUCCUCUGGGUAUUUGCACUCACAAGAUUCAGCUUGAGGAAGAUUGCACUCCAACCAUUGAGUACGAAUGUCGUCUUAACCCACCAAUGCAAGAAAUAGUUAAGAAGGAGAUCAUAAAAUGGCUUGAUUGGCAAGUCAUAUACCCCAUCUUCGAUAGUAAAUGGAGAUGUGAGGAGUUCAACUUAGUGCUGAACUGGGAGAAAUGCUACUUCAUGGUGAAGGAAGGCAUUGUUCUUGGUCACAAAAUUUUAGCCAAGAGAAUCAAAGUCAACCGGGCAAAGGUCGAGAUUUUGGAUAAGGAGGCCAAGUUCACAUUUGAUGAUGAUUACAAGAAGGCAUUUGAAUGCCUUAAGAAGAAAUUAGUUGCUGCCCUAAUCAUUAUUACACUAGAUUGGUCGAUGCCAUUUGAAAUCAUGUGUGAUGCAAGUGGAGUGAAACUUCUCGCGGUGGUCUAUGCAUUUGAAAAGUUCCGCACUUAUUUAUUGGGGACCAAGGUGGCUGUGUAUACAGACCACACCGCUUUAAGGUAUUUGAUGGCAAAGAAGGAUGCUAAACUAAGGCAAAUCAGAAAGUGUAUCCCAGAGGUGGAAAUGUUGAAUAUUCUGGAAGCUUGUCAUGCUUCGCCAGUAGGAGGUCACUAUGCAGGUGACCGUACUGCAAGAAAGGUAUUGCAAAGCAGCUAUUAUUGGCUAAUCCUAUUGAAGGACACAUAUGAGUUCGUGAGGAGAUGUGACCGGUGCCAUAGACAAGGGUUAAUCUCAAAGCAUCAUGAGAUGCCCAUGGCAAAAAUAUUGGAAGUUGAACUAUUUGACGUAUGGGGUAUCGAUUUCAUGGGGCCAUUUGUGAGCUUCUAUAGACUAAAAUAUAUCUUGGUGGCUGUAGACUGUGAUCAAAUGGGUUGA